CACUGUGACCGCUCCGCCCGCUUCUGAGGACCGUCCCGUCGCUCCCACACAUCACUCCACCGGCUCUGCCCGUCACGCCCAAAGUCUCUCGUGGGGCAGUCGCAAUGGACAAGGCGGAGCUGUACUCGCGGUCCAACGGGCUCCAGCGGUGGGAGGCGUCGGCGGCGCUGGAGGCGGCGUGGCCGUCGCUGCGGUGGCCGGCGCCGCCCCUGCGAGUGCUCGACGUGGGCUGCGGCGCCGGAGACGUCACCGUCGACCUGCUACUGCCCAGGCUGCCUCCACACACCCAGCUGGUGGGCACAGACGUAUCGGCUGCCAUGGUGGAGCACGCUGCGGAAUUGUACGGGGCGGCGCAUUCCGGCCUCAGCUUCCAGCUCCUCGACAUUGCCGACCCUAACAUCGACGCCUCGCCCGUCUACCAGCUGGCGCCAUUCGACAAGAUCUUCUCCUUCUUCUGCUUGCACUGGGUUCCGGAGCAAAGGCAGGCAGCUGAAAAUCUACACCGGCUGCUGAAACCAGGCGGUGAAGUGGUCCUGACACUGCUGGCCCACUGCCCCAUCUUCAGCGUGUACGAAGGACUGGCGCACAAACCCCAGUGGAAAGAGUACAUGCAGGACGCAAGCCGCUUCAUUUCGCCGUACCAUCACAGCGAAGACCCGGCGCACGAGAUGAAUGAACUCCUGUGCCGCGCCGGGUUUCGAGUCACGCUCUGCACCCGGCAGCAACGAUCCUUCACUUUUCCCGGCCACGGCGCCCUCAUAGAAGCCGUGACAGCCGUGAACCCGUUUGUGGAGCGCUUGCCAGAAACGCUGCAGCAAGAGUUCCUAGAAGACUGCAUGAGAGAAGUUCUGCGACAAAAGCUCGUGUCGAUAGAAGACGAUGCUGACAGCAACAACAAUAGCAACGGCAGUAACAAGAGCGGAAACAACGCAGUCGACGCCAACAGCAAGAAGUUCACCACACGCUAUAGCGUGCUCACUGUCGUGGCAACGAAGGCUGCAGCACAGAACGGAGUUCGAACUGUACGUUGACUAGGCCGGAGAACACAACAGUAAGCGGUAUCUGCAGCCAUCACGAGUAGAAUGUGGUAGUUGCGGCUGGAUGUUCGUAGAUGUCCCGCCAAGUUCUUCCCCGUAGUCCUGAGUACGCUACGGCAGUCGGAGAAUAGUACCACAGGUUAUUUCACCACCUAAUCCUGUAGGCAAUUUCCUGUGUCUCCGUGGUCUGCAAAGGACCAACCUCAUGGUACUUGAGAUGAGUAAAGCACCUUGGAUAGGAAAGUUCUCGUCAGGUGUAGAAACCGCGACAGGAUUGUCUUUCAUAGAUCUGUGUAGCUAAUGAUAAUUAAUUAACAUUCACUAGCACAUCUUAAGAGAGGCACUGAAGAUUAAAUAAACAAAGUUAAUAGCGCAUGGACACUCCUAUACUCCUACACUGCGACCCCAUGUGCAAUUCAUACAUUUUCCAAACUGUGUACCUAUAACACUUCUACCAAAUCAUCUCUCAAAAAAACCAUUUCUUUUUCAGUAAGAAAACUGUAAUGAAGAUAUUCAUCAUUAUUAUUCUUCCAUAUUUUGGAGUGCAAGUGGCCUUUUGGAUUCCGAUACAGUGUCAAGCUCUAUGUUAAGCAUAGUUUAUGCAGACAUGCACAGUUUAUAAAGAUACGCACGACAUAAACACAUCGUAAUGUUGAUAGCGAAUUAGGGUUUCAGACAGAGAGUACAAGUUUUCGAGACUGGAGGUGGCAUGAUGGGAACAAAAUGUGACUGUUGACACAUGAAUAAAUUAACAGAAUCUCUUACGACAUCAAGAAUGGAUGGUGUAGUAUAAUCAUUUAUAGUUUUCCUGUGAUCAGUCUUCUCUGUAUGAUUGUCUGAUGACUACAUAGUCACAUGUAUACCUUUUUCCCAGUACAUGUUAUUGAUCACAAUAAAUAUUCUAACGCAGGGAUACUUAACCUUUUUUGCCUACCACCCACUUCUGUUUGUCUGUCACUGGUAAAACUUCGUAACUGCCCCCCAGUUGGACAGUAAUUGUUUUUUAUAAAGCAGGGAAGUAACUUUACUUACAAAAUUUAUAAAGAUGACUUAUAGCAAGUUAAAUCAUAUAAUAAUAACUACGUACCAAAUAUUUUGUGUCAAAGUUUUAUGAAGACUUAAUGAAAAUUUUUUAAAACCCCUACUGUCAACCGCCCACCAUGAAAGCUGAAAUGGCCAGUAGCUGGCGGUAGGUAUCAGGUUGACUACCACUGCUCUAACGCUUGGAAGAGAUUGUCCUAAGAAGAGUACUUACAGCUUAAAGCUCCUACUACAUCUACCACGUUAAUUCAGUUCGGAGUACAAAACCAGAGUAAAUAAUUAAUGACGUUUAUUU